AGAUAGCAAGAAUGAUCAUUCAGUCAGACGCCACCUCCAAGACACACGCUACCGGAGCAUUCAAGAGACCGCAGAAUGAUUGCGAUUAAUUUUUUUUGUCCGAUUUAAGCAAAUGUAAGAACCCCAUACCGACUGAAGAAAUACAUUUGUACAGUUUGUUUAAGAGUUAAAUGCAAGAAAAUAUUCCGCCAUGAACAUCGGUUUCGCCUUAUUUCUGUUCGGGUUUCUACGAACGUCAUGUUUCAACGCUGACGUCCAGGAAGCUGAGCUGGAAAAGCCAUACUUGACCCUCCACACCCUCAACACCCAGUACAUCCUGACCUGGGAGCAUGAGGCAGCAGGCCAGUACGCUGUCAACUUCACCACACAGUACCUGUCGAAGUACAAGCUGAAAUCAAAGAGAAAGGUGGUGUGGAACUCGGUGUGUGUGGGCCCAGAGCACAGCUGUGACCUCACCGGCGUCAAGCUGCAUUACCACGCCAUGUACCGGCUCCGCGUCCGCGCCAGCGCCCACGGACGCCACUCCGACUGGGCCCAGAAAGACUUCUGCCCUGACAUGGAUGCUGACCUUGGGCCACCAUCCAAGGUGGAGCUAUCUCCUGUCAGCAACCUCCUGGGUGUGGCCAUCUCUCCCCCCCUGACUAGCGAGGGGGAAUAUAUGAAGCAGGACGUUCCUCAGAUGUACUAUCGUAUUCACUAUUGGAGUCGCUUGGAAGACCCUCAGGGUGCGAGUCCUGCCGUGGUGAACUCUGGGUCUGAACACGUGACUCUGCCUGGGCUGCAGAGCUGGACCUGGUACUGUGUGAGGGUGCAGUCCCGCUUCGACUACUACAACAAGACCAGCAGCUUCACCUCCACUCAGUGCAUGCAGACCGAAGGUGAGAUCCCGUACUGGCUCAUCUUCCUGUACUUCCUGGCCUCUCUGGUGGCGGCUUUCCUGUUCGUUCUGGGGUCCUCCUACAUCAUCUACAAGGGCUACAGGGUCCUAAAGACCACCUACUUCCCUUCCAUCCAGCUUCCUCAUCACAUCCAGGAGUACCUCUCUGACUCCCCCCACUCGGACUUUCCCCGCCUCCUCAGCCUCGAGGCGGAGGUGGAGAUCGUCUGCGAUAACAUCAGCGUGUGUCUAGAGAAGGACCUGCUGGAGGUCCACAGCCCCACCUCAGACCUGGAGGACGACUGCGGCAGGCACAGCCGGCAGCACAGCGGAGACUCCGGGGUCUACUCCACAGAGGGCGGGUCCGCCCAGAAACGUGGCGGACACAGCCAGCCAAUAGUUGCCAGGCUGAAUUCCUGGGACGCGCCCCUAUUGGAGCAUGUGAAUAUGGAGAUGGGCGGAGAGCUGCUGGAUGAAGGGGUGGUGGAUGAAGGGGUCCUGGACAUUGGCGUCUGAGAGAUGACAUCAGAGGUCUCUUUUUAUCCUCAUGGGGCAACGUGAAGGAGUUGUGCUGAAACACAACGUGACAAGCUUUUACGCCAAAAACAUCCUCGAGCUCGCUUUUCAAUGCUCAAAGUGCCCUUAGCUUGUCGCUAGCCCCUCGCUGGAGUGAUCUUGCUGUGCUUCAUUCUCACAGAGGUUUUACUGGAAAAUGUGACAAAACAAACUAUCAGUGUGUGAUAUAUGUGAUAUAUGGAUGCAUAUAGUUUCAAAUCACUGACUAACAGUUAGUUGAAGACUUUCUGUCAGAGUUGUAGUCCUGUCUCUUGAAGAGUCGUUUUAUUCUGUAAACUGGCCAUGACACCCUCGGAUUGACCAAAUCUUGGUGGUAGUUGAACACGCGUAGCUAGUUACACCAUACAUCUGUGACAAACAUAAGCUAAUUAUACAUAAAUUGAUUUUCAUGAUGUGUAAUGGAAUCAAAAGGAUGAAGUUUAUUCCUAUGAAACAUUGACUGGAUUCCUAAUAACCGAAACAAUGUGGCAGACCCCAUCCAAAAGCCUCGCUAAUCACGCUUUUAAAAUUGAAAUGUAGAGGACUUGAAAUUAAUUUAUGAUCUAAUUGAUCAUUGUUCGAGGGGUGGCUGUGGCUUAGGGGUUAGAGAGAUUCACCUAUGAUCCAGGACUCCUGCUGGCCAUGUGUCGGAAGUGUCCUUGAGCGAGACACUGAACCCUCUGGGUGUGCUGCUAGAUGCCUAACAUGCGCUGUAUAAAUGCAGUCCACUGUUUACCAUUGUUGUUUCUAGAGGUGUUAUUUCAUCCUUGGGAACGAGAAGUCGUUCCCAUGCGACGGUGUGAAAUGUUCGGGUUCUGCUCUCAAGCCCCAUCUGAUAUAGCCUGGUCCUAACCAGACCCUCGUACAUUUCAUUUGUACAGAGGGUCUGGGAUCGCUCCAUUGACAAGCGUUAACUUCCUUGAAGGCGGGUACUCUGUUGAAGUUUAACCCUUGUGCUGCCUUCGGGUCACAUGACCCAAAGAUUCAUAAUGAACCAUCAUUUUGUUUACCCAAUUUUACCCAAUACAAAAACAAAUAAAAAUAAUUUUCUUUUAACCUUUGCAAUGUGGGGGGUCUGAGACAGCCCAACGGUUAAAAGAAAAUGCUUCACUUUGUUUUUGUAUGCAGUAAAGUUGUCGCAAUACGACGGUGGGACACAACGACUGAUGGGUCAGAAUGACCCAAAGAUAACACAAGCGUUGUUUGCUUGGGUUGAUGUCUGAGUUCUGGGAAUAUGAGGGUUAUGGUGAUUUUGGAAGAUUGUUGUUACCAGUAGAUUAUGUGUGUGAGAGAGAGGAUGUGUGUGAGGGAGUGUGUGUGUGUGAGAGAAUAUACAUGUUGGGUUUAAUACCUAUAACUUUCAAAGACUGAUGCCUUUAACAAAAAGAUUAAGUAGAUAAACCGCAAACCAGGGUCUUUAAAUCUUUAAACGUCCAUUUUUGUGCUUCAUGAUGUGUUAUGAUUUUGAGGGGAUUUUUGUUGAAACACUUAAGUGUAUGAUUCUUGUAGAAUCGUGAAACAUUAUUCUAGUAGUAUUUUUUUCUUUAUAUUUCAUUGUAUUUGCUGUCUGACAGUCUCAUUUUCGUUGUGAAUGGUGCUUUGAUUCAGUUACAGCUGGUUUGUCACCUUAAAAUGAAUGGAAUCUCGUUGUUCUUCAGAAUGCUUGAAGCUCUAUCAGUGUAUCAAUGGCCUUUGUUUGUCGAGAUUUAAACUUGCAUUGAAUUAUUCAAACUAAACAAAAGAAA